AACAGAAAUGAUGGGAGGUGUUGAAGAGCAGAUAUAAUAUAAUGACAUCUAAACACACAGACAGAGAAACAGCAGAUUCAGAAGAGAAACACACAACAUCAAAAAAAUGGAUGAAUCUCUAUAUUUCAGACUUCUUGUCAUUGCUCUCUGUUCAGUAUCUGAAUGCAGUCAGCGCCGGUAUCAUCAUAUAAACAUCAAUAUGACCUGGACUGAAGCUCAGAGAUACUGCAGAGAAAACUACACAGAUCUGGCCACAGUCAACAACAUGAAUGACAUGAAUGAACUGAUGAAUAAAGUGAAGAACAGCAGUGUGAAGAAGAAUAAUGAUGUGAGCGUCUGGAUUGGACUGCAGAAAACAAGUGUUUAUAAAUGGAAGUGGUCUAUGGGUCACACUGUGAACUAUGAGAACUGGAAAAAUGGAGAAUCAAAUAACCAAAAUCAUUGUGCUUAUAUAAAAGAUGGAAAAUGGCAUCAUGAGGAAUGUAACAAAGAGUUGAGCUUCAUUUGCUACAACGAUAAUCUGAUAUUGAUCAAUGAGGAGAUGAGUUGGUCUGAAGCUCUGGUUUACUGCAGACAGCAUCAUGUGGAUCUGGUUUCAGUUGUUUCAGAGAAGAUUCAGGGCUGGUUGAAAGAGGUGAUUGUAAACGCCUCGACUGCGUCUGUAUGGAUGGGGUUACGUCACUCCUGUAGUGUGGGGAUUUGGUUCUGGGUGAAUGGAGAGCCGGUGUGCUAUCAGAAUUGGGCUCCAGAGACAUCAGUGGAGGACUGUGAUCCUAAAGUGAGAUCUGGAGCUGUUCAGCGUGAUGGAGGUCAUCAGUGGAUCAGUCGUCCUGAUACUGACAAACUCAACUUCAUCUGCAUCAAACAUGAUUCAGAAUGAUAUGAUAUAUAUUUGUGUUCAUAACUUUCUCUUUAUACUCACUUUAG